CCAGUGGGCAGCUCGCUUAUAAAAUCUCACUUGGCACUUGCAGCCCAUGGCGCCGAUCGACUCUGGCCAUGGCGUCACCGAUCGAAGCCCCUUCGAGUGUAUGAUGCUGUUGCUGGCGUCUGGCAUCGGAAGCGGGGUCCUGGUGCUGCCCAGAGCUAUGGCAGCAGUUGGCUGGGAAGUGAUGCUGGGAUGCUUGAUCAUUGCCUUUGUGAUCUCGGGCACUACCACCUACAUCUUGGCCUUGGGGGUCUUAGAGGUACGCCGGCGCUGGAUGGAGGAAGACUUAAGGAAGCCUCUGCACCCAGAGCGUCACAUGGCUCAUACCUCCUGGCUGGAUGUUGCGAAUGAGCCUGUCUCUCCUUCCUCCUCUCCGCAUAUUCACCGGAGCAGCUCUUGGCGAGACAUGGCUGCUUGGCUUGAUGGGCUGUAGGACCAGCACAUCCACUUGGUAGCAGAGCUACUGAAAUCACCUGCUGCUUCAGCUUGUCAGCUGAAAUAAGAUUGCCCAUGUUGCAGGGACAGAGUUCUUCCGCAACCAUUGUGACCUCAAAGUGCGUAUGCUACUCAAGAUCUCCCACAUGCCAUGUGGUCUCCGAAUUUGGAAGCCAACAUUUGUCGCCGCUUGACUCCGGCCAGCGAGGGCAAACGGAUGGCAGAUGUGUUGGCCAAGCUGUAUCCAAUGGCCUUAGCUCGUCUGUUCGGAGGACCAGGGCUUGCUUUGCAAGUUGAGUUCAUUUCGAAAUGGGUCAAAAUUACACCAGGGCACCUCAGGUUUGAGUCCUUGCUUCCAUGUACCAGGGUUCCAUUUUGGGGUUACCCUAUUUUUGACAACCACACCCAUUUCAAGAUGUGCAGUCUCUGACGCCCACAGUCAUAGACUCGAGGCCGAGCCGGAGCCCAAGCGGAUUGGGCCUUCUUAUGCGGACCUGCUGGAGGCAGCUUCCCCGGAGUGCCCUGAAACCAUCGCCACCCUGAUGGACGUGGUGCUGCUUUGCCACAACCAGCUGGCGCUGGUGGUCUACCAUCUCUUUGUGGCCCAGUCGUUGGAGCCGUUUCUGAAUCAUCGGAUUUGCAUCAUUUUGGGAACUGGCAGCCUGGGGUGCUAUUUGAGCACAAGCCCCACAGUGACUAGCUUGUCCAGGCUUGCCAACAUCAGCCCCUUUGUGCUGGUUUUCCUGAUGUGCGCCAUCGCUGGCGACUACGUGUGGAAUGGCGCGGGCAGAGACGUGGACAUCGCGGCGGUGCACGACCUGGAGAAAGCGCCCGCAGCGAUAUGUAUAUCGGUGUUCGCCUUCUUUUGGCACACCAACUGCGUAGCUGUGGUUCGAGAGCUUCGACACCCGACUCCCCCUCGCUUGUGCGCACUGGCGUACGGCUCGGCCUUCACGCUGGGGCUCCUGUACUUUUUGCUGGCUCUGGCAGGCUAUGCCUCCUGGGGCCCGCAGCUCCUGCGGGUCCCGACGAUCUUGUCCAUGUACUCGCUGAGCAGCCUGGCGUUCGACGUGGCCAGGGUCUUGCUCGCCAUCUCGCUGGCCAUCGCCAUCCCCCUCAACGUGUAUCCUAUCAGAGAGUCGGUACAGAAUCUCCUGGAGCGCUUCUUGUGGAAGCGACGGCGCCUGACUUUCUUGCAACCCUACUGCCAGCACAAAACAUUGGGAUGCUUGCUUGUGAUGAUCCCAAUGUUUACUUCCAUCUUCUUUGACAAUGUGGUACAAGUCAUUACCAUCAUCGGAGGCUCAUUGGUGUCGCUGAUGAUGAUCCCCUUUCCCAGUCUGGUCUUCCGACUGGCCUUUCCAAAUUACCCCCUAAUUUGGAGAGUCUUAUUUAUUUGUUCCAUAUUGCUCACGACAUUCUUGGCCUCGGCCUCGGUGGGAUGCUUCGGCAAGCCCGUAUGAUUUGCAGAGCUGGCGACGAAGACACUGGGAGCUUUUAUUUUCCAGUUUUGACUCUCAGAAUCGC